GCGAAUAGAGAGUGCGAAUGAGCCCAGCAACGAAUGAAAGGCGCCUGUGAAACGCAAGACAGCAAUACAAGAGGGAGGAUCCUCUAAUUGAGUCAGCAGCCACCUCAGCGCGGCUAGCGGCUUGGGCUCCGAGCGAAGAAGAAGAAGACGGGGCAGCUUGUUGGCUGGGGCAUUGGCAUUGCCGAGACGAGAGGAGAGGCGAGCAGCGAAGAAGAGUGGAGUGCAGCUCGGACAGAGCUUGGAAUUGUUGGAAGGCGUGACCAGUUGGCGAGUGGAGUGGAGUGUUGGAGGCUGCAGGCCAGAGUCAGUGCAGCGAGCAGCCAUGGCAGCUGCUGCUGUGACUUCCGUGGGGUGGCAUUGUGCCGUCAAGAACGUGGCCGUGGCUUCCACCAGCGGAGUGGCCGAGCGCAGUGCCGAGGCCUCGUUCGGACGGUCUGCAUUCCGGGGAGAUGCCGUCUCGGGAUUCCUCAAGCAGGGCAACAGGGUUCUCGACAGCUCCAGGAGCGGCAGUAGCAGGCAGCAGAGCGUUUUCAAGAGAGCGCCAAUCUCUUCUGUGAUUACUGAAGUUGCCAAGAAGACCGUGCAGCCCGUCGAUGAGUCGCCCCGCGCUGAUCCCAAAACUGUGGUCUCCCUCAUUCUUGGAGGAGGAGCGGGAACUCGAUUGUUCCCACUCACGAAAAGACGAGCGAAACCAGCGGUGCCUAUCGGAGGAGGAUACAGGCUCAUCGAUGUGCCAAUGAGUAACUGCAUCAACAGUGGUAUAAACAAAGUGUUUAUCCUCACUCAGUUUAAUUCUGCUUCUCUCAAUCGUCAUCUUGCCCGCACCUACAACUUCGGAAACGGCAUCAACUUCGGGGACGGUUUCGUCGAGGUUUUGGCUGCAACCCAAACCCCAGGUGAGGGGGGUAAGGAAUGGUUUCAAGGAACUGCAGACGCCGUGCGACAGUAUUUGUGGUUAUUCGAGGAUGCGAAGAAUAAGAACCUGGAAGACGUCCUGAUCCUGUCAGGUGACCACCUUUACCGCAUGGACUACAUGGACUUCGUCGAGAAACACAGGAAUAGCGGCGCCGACAUCACCAUCUCUUGCGUGCCCAUGGAUGACAGCCGGGCAUCAGACUACGGGUUGAUGAAAAUCGACGACACGGGGCGAGUUCUCUAUUUCAGUGAGAAGCCCAAGGGAGCAGACUUGAAGGCCAUGGAAGUCGAUACUUCAGUACUUGGUUUGUCUGCUGAAGAUGCCAAAUCCAAGCCCUACAUUGCCUCGAUGGGAAUUUAUGUUUUUAAGAAAGAAAUUCUGCAAAAGCUCCUCAGAUGGAGGUAUCCCACCGCCAACGAUUUCGGUUCAGAAAUUAUUCCUGCGUCAGCGAAGGAAUUCAAUGUGCAGGCUUAUCUUUUUGAUGAUUACUGGGAAGACAUCGGAACCAUCAAGUCCUUCUUCGAUGCCAAUUUGGGACUCACCGCUCAACCGCCCAAAUUCAGCUUCUAUGAUGCUGUCAAGCCCAUCUUCACUUCACCUCGGUAUCUUCCACCGUCAAAGAUAGAGAAAUGCAGGGUUGAGGACUCGAUCAUAUCUCAUGGAUGCUUCCUCCGGGAUUGCAGCAUAAAGCACUCCAUUGUCGGUAUUCGUUCUCAAAUGGCCUCCGGUAGUGCGCUGAAGGACACGAUGAUGUUAGGAGCAGAUUAUUACGAAACAGACGCUGAGAGAGCCGCCUUGAUUGCUGAGGGCAAAGUUCCAAUAGGCGUCGGAGCUAACUGUAAAAUCAGUAACUGCAUCAUCGACAAGAAUGCGAGGAUCGGCUCCAACGUGGUGAUCGCAAACGCAGAUAAUGUGCAAGAAGCAGAGAGGGCGUCGCAGGGAUACUACAUCAGGUCAGGAAUCGUCGUCAUUCUGAAAAAUUCUACCAUCGCUCCAGGAACUGUUAUUUAAAUCCUCCUCUCCUAGCUCCGUUCAACUUUGGUGCUUCUCGGGAACCGGUUUUGUAAAUUGACUUCUAAUAUCCAAAGGAAGAGUAAACGUGUGCAUGCCUCCCCACAUUUCUCGGCUGUGACUUAAUGGAAUUGCAUGUCAUUUUAUCAGACUGCGAGUUCUCACAACCAAAAGGCCAUCGUAGUUCUAGAUCAUCUGAUAAAACAUGCAUAUUGCUCCCUUGUGCCCUUGGUCGGUACAAGGACUUGUACUGUAGUAGGAUCAGGUGCCAUAGGUUCAACACACAAAGCCCUGGAUACAUUCCGGUCAU